AAGAAAAAUAAGGAAAAGGGGGAAGAAGAAGAAGAUGUUGCUGAUGACAGACGUAAGAGGACCGGUCGGUAGUUUAGAUCUGUCGUCACAGUGAAUAUUAUGGCUUUGAGGCGAGCGUUGCAUUUCGUUUUUAAAGUUGGUGAUCGGGGCAAAACAGCCACCUUUUACCGGGAUGUACUUGGCAUGAAGGUUUUACGUCAUGAGGAGUUUGAAGAAGGCUGCAAAGCAAGUUGUAACGGUCCUUAUGAUGGAAAAUGGAGCAAGACAAUGGUUGGCUUUGGCCCAGAGGAUGACCAUUUUGUGGCUGAACUGACAUACAAUUAUGGAGUAGGAGAGUAUCAGCUUGGCAAUGAUUUCUUGGGGCUCACUCUGCAAUCAAGCCAGGCUGUUAGCAAUGCUAAGCGUCUGGGAUGGCCCCUGUCUGAAGUAGGAGAAGCACUCUAUUUGGCUGAGGCCCCAGGGGGGUAUCGCUUCUACCUGGUGGACAAGGAGCAGCCUCUUAAUGAUCCUGUGCAAAAGGUUUGUCUGGCAGUAUCAGACCUCAAAAAAUCAACCCACUACUGGGCCACCCUCUUGGGAAUGAAGGUGAUGGAGAUGAAUGAUGAGAAGAAAACUGUGUUGAUGGGAUAUUCUGACACUCAUUGUAAACUGGAACUUCAUGAUGUUGGUGGGACGGUAGAUCAUGGAACAGCCUUUGGAAGAAUAGCAUUUUCAUGCCCUCGAGAGCAGUUACCUGACCUCGAGGCCUUGAUAAAAAAGGAAAGUCAGAAAAUCCUCACACCAUUAGUCAGCUUGGAUACCCCUGGAAAGGCUACAGUAGAAGUUGUCAUUUUGGCUGACCCAGAUGGCCAUGAGAUUUGCUUUGUGGGCGAUGAGGCUUUCAGGCAACUCUCUAAGGUGGACCCCACUGGAAAUGCGUUGCUUAAUACGGCUAUGGCUGAGGAUAAAAGUGAUGAAUGGUUUGCAAAGCACAACAAGCAGAAAGCUGCUGCAUGAAUAAGUGGGGCUUGGCUGGAAAUCUGUCCAUAGCCAGAAUGUGUAUUGUCAACUGUUCACAAGAGAUGGAUGGCGCCCAUAGUGUCAGUCCGCUUUAACUGUCCACUCACUGAGUUAUUCCCUGGCUGGCAAUUAAAUAUGUGUUUCCCCUGUGGUGGCUGCUAUGAAACGCAGUUUGACUUGGUACUGUGAAUGGAUCACUUUUUUUUCCUUUUUAAAAAAAAAAAAUUUGAUGGAUUUAAUCUGGCGCUUACCAUACUAUGUCCAAUCAUAUUGCAAAUGGUAAAGCAGAAUUGAUUAUUUUAUCAUAAGAAGUAUGCCAAGAGUCAUCUUAAAUCUGUAAUGCCUAUAUCAUCACAUUGAAAGUAAAUAAGUCUUCUGAUCUCAUUUGCUGAGUUCAAGCCACAUGAUGCAGGGCCAGGACGUGGCCCUGCAUCAUGUGGCCCUGCAUAAUGCAUAACUAUUCUGCAUUGCUGUUAGUUUGGUCGUACUUGAGUAUUAUUGAACAUACAGUAUGAUCUUAACUCAUUCCAUCUGAUAUGAACGCUCCUUGCACGUGUAUAUUUUCUUCUGUUAAAUAAAGUGGCAAACUAAAAAAGCCUUAGUA